UCCCUAUAUACCAAAGCCUCUCUUUAGCUCUCCCCGUUUUCUCAAGCAUCUCUUCUCUUUCAUUUCAUUUCUACACCACCAUCUUCAUCACUGUCUCCUCCUCCGUACCUCUAACAUGUCCGGCAAAGAUUGCGGCAGCCAUGGCCAGAAGCGCCGGAAAAUCUUCCGCCGGAUCUUCGCCGGUAUCCUCAUCUUCCUCUUCCUUGUCCUCAUUACAAUUCUCAUAAUCUGGGCCAUCCUCCGCCCUAGCAAGCCCAAGUUCGUCCUUCAAGACGUCACCGUUUACGCCUUCAACGCCUCCAUACCCAACUUCCUCACCUCCAACUUUCAAAUCACCUUCUCUUCUCGCAACCCAAAUGACAAAAUCGGUGUCUACUACGACAAGCUCGAUGUCUAUGCAACCUACCGGAACCAGCAGAUCACUCUCCGAUCAUCAAUCCCACCCACUUACCAAGGUCACAAGGAAAUCAACGUCUGGUCACCUAACAUCUACGGCACGGCGAUUCCCGUCGCACCGUACAACGCUCUUGCAUUGAGUCAGGACCAGUCAAUGGGAGCAGUGCUGCUGAUGAUCAAGAUGAAUGGAAGGGUGAGAUUCAAAGUUGGAACCUUCAUCUCCGGGAAGUAUCAUUUAUACGUAAGAUGUCCUGCUUAUAUACAGUUCGGAAGUAAGACCGCCGGAAUUACUGUCGGCGAAAACUCCAUUAAGUACUCGCUGCUGGUGAGCUGCAGUGUAAGUAUUUGAAGAUAGAGAAAGAGGAUAAUAAAGAAAUGUGAUAAAUUUAACUUGUAACGCCGUUAAGUUUUUUUUUUUUUUUUCCCUUGAAAUUUAUUUAAAUACCUAUUAUAAUUAAUUUUCCUGUUUUGAAGGACGUCUAUGAAAUUGUUGGUGGUCUCUUUUAGAUAUAUAUAUUGUUAAAGACCUUGAAGUGUAAAUUUUCUUGAAGUGAAUAAAUGAAAAAAAAAAAAAAAAAUUGCGACAGACAGAGAGAUAGUUAAAUUACA